AUGUGGAAUCGGGUUCGAACUCUAUUCCCUUGCUCCGUCUUGACAUCCGCUGUGCGGCGGCUCCACGUGGGCCAACGUGUCUCCCUCACUAAAGCCUUCACGGCCCGUCACGUGGAACUCUUCGCCGAGCUGACUGGUGACACCAACCCGCUACACAUGGACGCCGCCUACGCCGCCGCCACCGCUUUCGAGAAGCCGGUGGUCCACGGCGUCCUGGUCAACGGGCUGAUUUCAGCCGUGCUGGGCGUCCACGUCCCAGGCUGCGUCCUCCUAUACCAGGAGAUUCGUUUCCCAGCGCCGCUUUUCAUCGGAGAGGAGGUUCUUGCCGAAGCGGAGAUACGCAAAAUCAAGAUGUCCUUCGCCUUCAUCGGCGUGACGUGUUCCGUCAAGGAUAAAGUGGUGAUGGAGGGCGAGGUGAUGGUGAUGAUGCCUGAGGAGCAGCAAGUCAAGUGA